AUGCAGGGGCCUGCCAUGGUGAGGAUCUCAAGUGUGCCGGCGCUACAGCGGGUGCAGAGCGCAGCGCAGCUGCUGGCGCAGAGGAGUGCCAGCUUCCAGGCAGCUGCCCCGCAGCCGCCCAUGUUCCAGGAUGGCGUGCUGCCUGAUCUGGCUCCUGAGCUCCCGGUGCCAGAACCCCUCGUACCCCCUGACCGCGACAUGCAACCCCUGGAGAAGCCCGACUCGGGCUCGAUGCAGUUCGAGGUCACGGAUGCUGACAUGCUGGAUGCCCUUCAUGCCAUCACUGCCGAUGACUUUAUGGAUGAGGCUGGACAGCCAGGGGGGACGCUGCGUCAGGAAGGGUGA